AUGGUUUUUGUUAGUACGUUGCCUUUAUUAGAUGCGAGCUUGAAACCCAGUGAUACAAUUUCAUUGCUGGUAGGGCUGACUUGUGCCUUCCGGUUGUUGGAGUUUAUGUUUGUUAAUACAAACGGACAUUUACUGGUUUGGGUUCUGAGUACUUUUACAACAAACUUGUUUGGGUUUAUCACUAUCAAUUAUGACCAGGCCAAUGCCUUCUUUGAACACUUAGAGAAUAGAGGUGGACAGGCACAGUCGUCGAAUUAG